AACACGGAUCGAGACAACAUUGGCGGCUUUGAAGCGUUCCCGGUUUUCCAUCUUCUCCACUGUUGGCCUUCUCCUCGCUUUCCUCUUCUUCUCCGUUCCCAACUACGCGGAACCUUUCAGGGAGAGAGAGAGGGUGGAGGGAGAUAGAUGGCGCGGCAGUGUAGCAGGCUUGUAGGGUUAGGGUUGGCGUCGGCGUCGAGGUUUGGAACGGGACUUUGCAGAAGAGGAGGAGCAGGAUCCGAAGAAACCCUAGGUCUCGCGGCCUCCGCCGUCGGUCGUCACCAAAACAGACAUUUUUCUGCCGCUCCGUCUCCGCCUCCAGCCGUCUUCGUGGACAAGAACACCCGCGUCAUCUGCCAGGGCAUCACCGGCAAGAAUGGCACGUUUCACACCGAGCAAGCCAUCGAGUAUGGCACCAAGAUGGUUGGUGGGGUGACACCAAAAAAAGGCGGAACAGAGCACCUGGGGCUUCCUGUUUUCAAUACUGUUGCAGAAGCAAAAGCAGAGACGAAGGCAAAUGCUUCUGUUAUCUAUGUUCCCCCACCAUUUGCUGCAGCUGCUAUUAUGGAGUCCAUGGAAGCUGAGUUGGAUCUUGUUGUCUGCAUCACGGAAGGGAUCCCUCAGCAUGAUAUGGUCCGUGUGAAGGCUGCUUUGAACAAACAAUCCAAAACAAGAUUAAUUGGGCCAAAUUGCCCUGGUAUUAUCAAACCUGGAGAGUGCAAAAUUGGAAUUAUGCCUGGCUACAUUCACAAACCAGGGCGUGUGGGCAUUGUUUCUCGAUCUGGGACCUUAACUUAUGAAGCGGUUUUCCAAACAACUGCUGUGGGCCUAGGACAAUCAACAUGUGUUGGUAUAGGAGGAGACCCUUUUAAUGGAACAAACUUUGUUGAUUGUAUUACAAAGUUCAUUGAUGAUCCUCAGACUGAAGGAAUAGUCUUGAUAGGAGAGAUUGGGGGAACUGCUGAGGAAGAUGCUGCUGCACUGAUCAAGGAAAGUGGAACAGAGAAGCCCAUUGUUGCAUUUAUAGCUGGGCUUACUGCACCUCCAGGUCGCCGCAUGGGUCAUGCUGGAGCAAUUGUAUCUGGUGGGAAAGGCACAGCGCAAGACAAGAUCAAGACCCUUAGAGAAGCAGGUGUGACGGUUGUCGAAUCCCCAGCUAAGAUUGGUGCUGCGAUGCUUGAUGUGUUCAAGCAACGGGGACUUGUAGAGUAGGUGAAUUAUUCAUCUCCUGUUAUGCGAACAUUUCCCCUGAAGGGAUCAUAAAUUUUUUGGUUUUUUACACCAGAGGAAUUCUGAGAACCUGUAGGCAGAAACCAGAUGGAUUAUCUCGAGAUAUUUCCAAUUUCAUCAGCCCUUAUGAAUUAUGUGCGAGAGAAACCUUUGCAUUGUAACCAAAUCAAAUUGAAGAAAAUAAAAUUUUUUAUGUUUGCCA